GAAAGGAAUAAGUCAAGGGAUGUACUGAAGGAGAAGGUUGAUCUCUCAACCUUCAGCCAAAUCGUGUUUUUGGCAACAUCAAGAGCAGCAAAGAUUGUUGCUGCUUAGUCUUACCAGCACUUCCUGCUUUUUAUGAAAAAUUUAAUAAUCAAGCCUACAGAUUGCACAUUCGAUUUUUCAGAAGACAGAUACGGUCGUUAAAGAUGUCUUAUACUCCGAAGCUUGAUGAUGAUUAUUUAGCUCUGUUUGCCUACACAGCAUACUUUCCCACUAUACCAGAUGAUGAGGAGGUGUUUCUUGCCCCUCUGCUGAUUUUCUGUGUCAUCUGUCUGCUGGGAAUUUCAGGAAACUCGCUGGUCAUGUGGAUCGCAGGAAAAGCAGUGAGGAAGUCAGUCAGCAUGAUAUGGCUUAUGCACUUAUCAACGGCAGACUUAAUCUUCACGGCCAUGUUACCCUUUUCCAUCGCUCACUUGGCCCUGAAGACUCAUUGGCCGUUUGGAAGCUUCAUGUGCAAAUUGCUCAGCUUCGUCAACCACCUAAACAUGUUUGUUAGUGUCUUCACACUGGCUGUGAUCAGCCUCGAUAGGUGUUUCUCAGUCAUGUCGCCUGUUUGGCAUCAAAACGAAAGAACGGUUAAUUUUGCCAAAGUAGUUUCUCUGUUCAUAUGGAUAUUGGCUGCAAUCGCCAGCUAUCCAUAUUUCCUGAUCCGUGGGACUGAAGAAGACAAAUUCAAUAGGAAGACAUACUGUUCCUACAGUGAGGGUGUGGACAUCAGUGGCUUUAUUGUGGUGAGAUUUGUCCUGGCUUUCCUUAUCCCGUUUAUUACCAUUGCUGUCUGCUACAGCAUCAUCACCUUUAAGGUGAGACGUCGGUGGAAGAAUGCCUCAGCCAAAUCGUGCAAGAUCACCAGCAUGAUUAUUGUGGCGUUCUUCUUUUGUUGGGUACCCUUCCACGUGCUAAGCAUUAUACAUGCCACAUCUGAUGAGGACUUUAGAAUCUGGCUCCCCAUAGUCACCAGUCUGGCCUAUGCCAACAGCUGCAUCAAUCCCAUCCUUUACGUAUUCACUGGCCGAGAAUUUAAAAAAAAACUAUCCUGUUUAGGAUUUUUCUCCAGGGUUGCCGUUGCACACACCACAUCCGCAGUUGUUGGUUUUUAUGCCAAACAGUUAUCACUUGUGGUCUGCUCUCUCACCACACGAGUGUGCUGUGAAUCUGCAGUUGGCUCACUGCCUUGUGCUACUCCAACCUUCCUGACAACAAAGGAGGAAUUUUACACUUCAGUGCCCUUAGCACAGAGCAAUGCACAGUAG